AUGUCAAAAGCACGCACCGUCAAGGACCAGGUGGUCAAGCUGAUUGUUGGAGCUGGACAAGCCAGUCCCAGUCCACCAGUUGGUCCUGCUUUGGGAAGUAAAGGUGUGAAAUCUAUGGAUUUUUGCAAGGUAUGUUAGAGAUAUCUUCUUAACACCAACAUUUCCCUUCUCACCAUACAAGCAAUUGGCCAGCAUACGCGCAAAUGCCAUGCGCUAAUCUUUCAACAAGGAAUUCAAUGCCAGAACAGCUCAUAUAAUCCCCGGGGUUCCAACACCAGUCCGCGUCACAGUGCGUCCCGAUCGAAGCUUCCACUUUGAAGUCAGAACACCAGCAACGUCAUAUCUACUCCUCAGCGCAGCACAAGUUGAGCCAGUGAAAGGAAAACUGAAAGGGAAAACGGGCGCGACAAUCGUUGGGACGAUCAGCCUGAAGCAUGUGUAUGAGAUUGCGAAGAUUAAGCAGAGCGAAUUGAGAUUGAGUGGGUUGAGCUUGGAGGGUAUCGCCAAAUGUGUGGUUGCUCAAGCCAAGACAGUUGGCGUUGCGAUUAAGCCAUAA